CAUUACACAUGGUGAGGCUCUGCUCUCCUGGAGAUGGCUGACCACCUGCCUACCCAUGUUCUUUCCCUGAUCCCACUGGUGAGGGAUGGCUGCUCCUAGGGUGACGCCCCAGGAGUCUUCCCCGCAAUGGACACUCCAGUACCUGCACGGGGGGCAGCUGAGCAAGGCCAGCCGCGUUUAGACGCCUGAUGGUUUUAGAGACUCGGCUUGGGGACACUCGGCUGAGGUCCCAGUAACAAAACAGCAGUGACAAAACGUCAGGAGCGCCCUGUUCCCAACCAUUGGAAUUCCGAGCUCCGGCACCGCAGGGACACCUGGCCCGCCGCCCCCGCCUGCGCGACACCGCUGCGAAGGCGCGGCAGCCGCGGUUUGCGGCGCUGCCGUAAAGCGGCGCGGCCGGGCGCGCUCCCCGCGGGCGCCCUUGGCAGGGAGCGGCCAUGAGCGGGAGCGGCGUGAGCCGGGGCCUGGAGCUGCUGCGCUCGCUGCCCAGGGUCAGCCUGGCCAACCUAAGGCCCAACCCCGGCGCCAAAAAGCGGGAGAAACGACGUGGCCGUGGAAGGUACGGCGGUCGGAAGUGUGGCCGAGGGCACAAAGGAGAAAGGCAAAGAGGGAAUCGGCCCCGACUGGGCUUUGAGGGUGGCCAGACUCCAUUUUACUUGGCCAUACCAAAAUAUGGAUUUAAUGAGGGACAUAGCCUCAGACGUCAGUACCAACCCCUGAGUCUUCAGAGGCUGCAGUACCUGAUUGACUUGGGCAGAGUUGACCCCACGCAGCCGAUUGACCUAACUCAGCUCACCAACGCCAGGGGUGUGACAGUGCAGCCUCUCAAGCGGGAUUACGGUGUCCAGCUGGUGGAGGAGGGUGCUGAUAUUUUUGCAGCAAAAGUAAAUAUUGAAGUGCAGAGAGCAUCUGAAUUAGCAAUUGCAGCCAUAGAAAAAAAUGGAGGCACAGUAACAACGUCAUUCUAUGACCCAAGGAGCUUGGAAAUUUUAAUCAAGCCAGUGGUAUUUUUCCUGCGUGGCAAACCUAUCCCGAAGCGAAUGCUCCCACCUGAAGACCUCGUCCGUUACUACACAGAUCCCAGGAAUCGGGGCUACCUGGCAGAUCCAUCCAAGGUUGCAGAAGCCAGGCUGGAACUUGCCAAGAAAUAUGGCUAUGUCUUACCAGACAUAACCAAGGAUGAACUCUUUAAGAUGUUAAGUGCACGCAAGGAUCCUAGACAGAUAUUUUUUGGUCUUGCUCCAGGAUGGAUCGUAAACCUGGCAGACAAGAAAAUUCUGAAACCAACUGAUGAGAAUCUGUUGAAAUACUACAGCUCAUGAAUUCAGGACUGGACACAAUUGCAGGUGUACAGGAAACAUCUGG